AAAAGAAAAGAAAAACGAGAUCACUGUCGGUGGCAACCCUGUUACAGUGUAUAUAAAUUCUCCAUUGUAAAAUAUUCGGUUGGCACUGCAUUACGGGAUUUCAUUGUAAGAACGUUCCAGUCUCGUGACCCUCACACGACCUCAAGAAUUUCAGAGCCUCGCCCGAUCCCUAUAGUGGUUCAAAAGACUAAGCAGAUCCUUUGAAAUCGUUUUAUUCGGAGUGAAGAGGAUUGCGUAAGCAUCAGAAAGCAAGUGAAAGGAAAUGGAGAAGAGUGGGAGGCUAGAGGCAGAUAGUAACGGCAGCGUCGCCACGAAGGAGCAGGCGGUCGACAGUGACGCCUUAGCGCAGCAAACGUACAAGCAAUUGCCCGACGAAGACGUCAACUGGCAAGCUCGUAACAGCACAUCCGACGAAAACAGCAAGGCCACCAGCAUGGGCAAACCUAAUGGCACAGAUGUCGAGCUCGACGAUGGUGCUCAGGAACGGAUGCUCAAGGAUGAUGUUAAAACCUCGGUCUUACCAAGUAAAGACACAUCCGAGGUUAAAUUUAUAUCAGAAAAUGGAGAUGCUAAAAUUGAUAUUGAAAUAGUCAAGCAAUCUUUAUCAGGAAUGGGAAAAGCUGAAUUAAUGAAAUAUGCUAAUGAUCCAUUUUGGAUCAAAUUAAGAUGGUUUUUAUUCAUUGCUUUUUGGCUUCUCUGGGCUGCUAUGUUAGCUGGAGCUAUUGCUAUUAUUGUAAUGGCACCAAAAUGUACUCCUCCAACUCCGAAAAAGUGGUAUGAAGAGAAUCCUAUUAUUAAAUUAGAUCCAUCAGAUGCAAAUCCAAGUAAUUUAGAAGGUUUGAAAGCUAUACUUGUUAGUUUUCAAAAGAAUAUAAAAGCUGUUUCUCUACAUUCAGUUUUGAAAGAGUCAGCACCUGGUCAUAUAGUAGAUUUCAGGGAUCUAAAAAUAGGCUCUAUUGAAGAAUUCCAAAAGUUUGUUCAGCUUGCUAAGAGUAAUGAACAAAAUAUUAUUUUGGAUAUAGAUCCAAAUCACUCUUCAGAUCAGCAUGAAUGGUUCAAAAAAUCUAUUGAAAGAGAAGAGCCAUAUAUCUCCUAUUAUAUAUGGUCUGAUGGAAAGAAAAGUCCUAAUAGCGACAUAUUACUGCCACCAAAUAAUUGGAUGAGUAUAAACGGAGGUUCUGCAUGGACAUUCAAUGAAAAGAGACAACAAUUUUAUCUUCAUCAAUUCAAUUCUAGCCAACCUGAUUUCAAUUUCCAUAAUUCAACUGUUAUUAAUGAAUUUUCUGAAAUAUUCAAACACUGGAUCAAUUUGGGCGUUAAAGGAUUUAGAAUCGCUAAUGCUCGCCAUUUAGUAGAAGAUAAAAACUUAACAGAUGAUUCUACUGGUCUUGAAUACCCAGCUGAAUCAGCAUCACAUCAUUCUCUUCUUCAUGUGCAUACGAUCGAUCAUUCUGACAAUGCUCAUGUAUUGAGGAUAUGGCGAGAAGUUGUUAAAAACCAUACUAAUGGAGAGGGUCUGUUUACAAUGAGUGAUGAAGUGCAGCAGAUUUGGCUACAAACAAACAACAGACCAACAGCAAUUGAUAUUCCUCAAACUGCAGAUUUCUUCUACAAUAUCGAUCCUACUGUGUCCGCUGUAGCUUUGAAUAAAAGUAUCACAGAAAUUUUAGCCAUAAAAGAAGCUCCUUGGCCUGGCUUAGAUUUAAGUGGUAAAGCAGUUCCUUUGAAGAAACGAAUAGCUGCAGGAGUAGCAGAAAGUUUAAUUUUGAUGACCAUGCUUCUGCCUGUUACGCCUAUCAUAAAAUAUCACGAUAUUAGAUCUAACAAUACUGCUUUUACUACACUCCUAGAAACGCGCAAAAAUUCGGCAUUUUUGUUUGGAGAUACUAAAACAGAUGUUCUUAAUAAUGGAACUGUUUUUGUAUAUACACGGUUAAAGAGUGGUAAUCCUGGAUAUUUGGUAGCUUACAACAGUGCUCAGCAGAAUACUACAGUUGAUAUAAGUACUGUACCAUAUAUGUCUAAUGAAGUAAACAUUGUUGCUUACAGUCACCCGUCUGAUGAUGUUUUAUAUAGCACAAAAAAACUAAUGUCUAAAAACGUGCCAAUGUCUCCCAAAAGCACACUGGUUGUGACUUUUGUGCCAAACAGCCAAGCAUAAGUUUUUUAAGUUAAAGCUGUGAUUGACUUGCAUUUAAAUAUUUGUGUUCUAACAAAAAGAACUCCAAUCUAUAUUUUUCAUGGAGUCAACUUGAAUGUGCAUUGAAAAAGUAAAAAAUAAAAAAUACUUUAUU